UUUGUAAACAUAUCGUUUACUGUUUUUUUCCAAUCCGUACAUGGAUAAGAAAGAACACUACAUUUUCCUUGAUAUAACGCAUCAACUUGAAAUUUCUAAUUUGUUUACGCGAACUUGAUGAGAAAAAAUUAACGCGGAACUGGAACUUGCGAAGAAACAAGUUGAAAGAGGCUAGCAUUGCUUGAGACGUCGGGCAGUGUGUAUAAAUGUGCAUAAAUUAAUACUCCCAUUCCUCCAUUAAGACUCCAACUUUCCUUUUUUUUAUUUGAAGCAGUCAAUUCUACCUCACAGACAGUUGAAACGCCAGCAAGAAUCAAUUAGAAAAGAUGCCGUCACUGCAAACGUUACGGGAUCUAGAUGACCACCCACAUCCGCUUAAGUUGAAAAAGAGCAAAGCUCCUUUCAUUUGCGAUGGUUGCAAAGUGGAAGGAUUUGGAUUUUGCUACCAAUGUACCGAAGGUUGCGAUUUCUUUUUCCAUAAGGAAUGUGGGAUUCGUCGGCCUCCAGCAUGCCAGAAAUUUUUCGAAGGAUGUGAGUUCAAAUUUCACAAGAAAAAUCCACUCGGAGGAGACAGAAUCUGCGACGUCUGUGCCUUGGAUAUACAAGGCUUCUUGUACCAAAGCACCUGUCGCAAAAAUCCCAAUGUUUUACAUCCCUGUUGCGCAAACCUUCCAAUGAUCAUCUCCCCACCUUAUACCGACAUGAAAAUAUACCUUUGUAAUAAGAUUAAAACAGAAUGCUUAAAAUGCGGAAGCAAGAAAAGAUCAGCAGACAAAGUCCAGGGUUUUUCCUAUGCUUCUUCGGAUGGUGAGUUCUGUUAUCAUGUAGCCUGCUUGAGAGAAGUCGGCGUUGAGAAUUGGAUAAAGAGCUAUUGUCAACCUGAUGUUAUUGCUGAUAAUGAGAACAAGCCCCUUUCCUUGAUAGAUCUUGCUCUGAAAAAAGUAGCUCCGGUAGGAAUGGGGGCCAAAGCUCGAAAGCAAUGAAGCGUUUCAAAAAGUUGAUCAUGUUUCUCAAGCUGGUCUUUUCAGCAGUAUUUGGAGACCCACUGACUUUAAUUUCUACUUUGGUCCAAAUUUAUCAAAAUUAAUAAUUAUAUAUUUGUUUGUGUGUGUGUGUGGGCUCUUAUCCAGGAACUUUGCUUUUUACUUUAUAUUUUUAUUGUUAUA